AUGGCUCCGGCACAAGCACAUGAGCAGCAAGUUCUGCUUGCCCGUGAGGCGACCUUUGAGAAGAUUCUUCACAAGAAUACAGGAGCCCGCAAUGCACGAGCAGCCGACUACGAGUCUAUUUCUAGGCAAUAUUAUAACCUAGCUACCGACUUCUACGAGUAUGGCUUUGGACAGAGCUUCCACUUCGGUCGACCGGCAAUCGGAGAGUCUUUUCAACAAAGCAUUAUCCGGCACGAGCACUACCUCGCGCAUAUGAUUGAUAUCAAGGAAGGCAUGAAGGUGCUAGAUGUUGGUUGCGGAGUUGGGGGACCAGCGCGGGAGAUUGCCAAGUUCACGGGCGCAUACAUAACCGGCCUAAAUCUGAACGAAUAUCAAGUGGAGCGUGCGACACGUUACACGAUAAAAGGCAUGAUGGACCGGCAGGUUCAGUUUGUGCAAGGCAACUUCAUGAAUAUUCCCUUCGAGGACAACACAUUCGACGCAGUAUAUGCGAUAGAGGCAACUGUCCACGCCCCUUCGCUCAAAGAUGUAUACGCCGAAAUUUUUCGUGUUCUGAAGCCGGGAGGAAAAUUUGGCGUGUAUGAAUGGGUCAUGACCGAGAAGUACGACAACGAUAACCUUCAUCAUCGCGAAACUCGCAUCGGCAUCGAGCAAGGCGAUGGUAUCGCCAAGAUUGUCAAUCUCCCCGAGGCAAAGCAGGCGUUCGAGGCCGCCGGUUUCGAGGAGAUUUUUGAAGAGGAUAUAGCAAGUCGCCCGGACCCAUACCCGUGGUACUGGACGUUAGACUCCGUUCGUGCGGAUGGCGCCGCCAGGAAUGGUGAAGACUUCCGAUAG